GUCAGCGCUCAUGGGGAUGGUUCUGUGCCUGGCCUGUCUGAUGGAAGCCCCCGGCCGCUUCGUGAGUCCCGACCUCGUCCAGGACGUGGAGUACCUCAGGAAGGAAAACUUCACUUCGUGUGAAGGCUGCAUGUUGUACACGCCCACCUGGAGAGACUACCAGUGCUGCCCCGUCACUACCCUGGAAUGUUUUUCCGCCGAGGUCAACGUCCUCCUCCGGGAGUGGAGAUUAGUCCGCAAACCCGGGCUGGCGCGGGGCCUCAAGAACUUCGCGGACAAGUACCGCCAGUCCCCACAGCGCGAGCCUGACUUUUGCCAGUGUGAGCGCCACGAAGAGAGGAACGCCGAAGAGUUCCUCUUGCAGCUCUCUGAAACGCUAAAGGGGAUCAGCAGUGCAACGCCGAUGAAGACUCGCCAAUGCUGACCGCCAGGCAGAAAGCGGACUGAGUCUGCAAAAGUCUUAAUUUAUGAUAUUCCAUGAGACCAUUUUCUCUCACGCACAGCAGGAUGUGAAAGUUGAGGACAUGUUCUAGCACAUGGAGCUUAUUGCUGAUCGGCUUCAAAAGACCGCAUUCCUCUGCGGUGAUGUAAGAUUUAGAAUCAAUGAAGAAGUCA